AUGCAGCCAGCUGCUCGCUGGUCCGCUGUGGCGGCAGGCUGCCCCAACAUCGCCGCCACCCUCAAGCUUCAAAACCAGCGGCGGGCGCAGCACAGGACUCCCUCGCUGACGUGGGACGCCGGCCUGGCGGCCAGCGCCCAGGCCUAUGCCAACCAGUGCGUGUGGAGCACUGUAGGCUCACCCGGCAGCAAUUGGCAGGGGGACACACCGCCGCUGUAUGGAGAGAACAGGUUCUAUUCCUAUGGACGCAACUUCCCAAUCCUCAACAUGGAUGUGUGCACCUACGCUAUCCACGAGUGGUAUCAUCAGAUCACGAACUACCGGUUUGAGCAGCCAGGGCGGCGCUGGUACUCCGACGUAGACACCAACCCCCUGACGCAGCUGCUGUGGGGCGAGACGCGGAAGGUGGGGUGCGGCUACGCCAAGUGCGCCCCGCUGGCCAACAUGCCGCAGCAGGGCUGGGCGCAGGCCGACUUUGUGGUCUGCCACUACCAGGUUGCCGGCAACUUCUACUGGGCCGACGAUCCCAGCAACCCAGACUACAGCCCCUAUGCCGGCAACGUGAAGCGCGCCACCUGCCAGGCCAACACCCGGGACGACUGGUGCUCCGCCUGCGGCCGCCAGGGCGCCACCUGGGCCUGCACCGCCUGCUUCCCGCGCAUGGCGCUGCACCAGAAGCCGGUCAUCCGGCUGGAUGCUGCCAGCAAGAGGUGCGUCAGCGACUGCAUGCCUGGGCAGCCGACCUCGCUCAACUGUGCGGCUUGCACGGUGGAGGGCACGUGCAUGCGCUGCAAGACCGGCUGGCUGUUUGACACCGCCAAGAGGUUCUGCUCCGUGGCGGCCCGCAAGCCCAAGUCUGGGCGGAGAUGA